CAUAACCGCUAAGCAGCCGCUUUACACUAAUUAGCCCCCAACACGAUUUACGCGACGUCUCGAAACAGUCGCCACUGAAUGGCUUCCCACAGUCGAGUCGCGAUACUCCAUCAUGUUGGUUCAGAUUCUCAUCAUGAUGUACCUCGCUACCUGCCUCGUGUUUUACGUAGCUCACGUUAUAGACUAUUAUUUAACCGUGCUUUAAUUGACUUUUUAAGUGUCAUGUGGUUGGUGACAGUUUGGAGGUUCAAGCGGCUUGAUGAGGACGAAGCGACGACAUCCGGUCUGACGGACGGCGCGCAGGGCGACGUGCAGAACCGCGUCAUCUUCGUCAACCGACCGCAGCCACAGAAGUUUCUCUCCAACAAAGUGUCCACCGCCAAAUACAGCGUGGCGUCGUUUUUGCCGCUGUUCCUGUUCGAGCAGUUCCGGCGCUACUCCAACUGCUUCUUCCUGCUGAUAGCGCUGCUGCAGCAGAUCCCCGACGUGUCUCCCACUGGCCGGUGGACGACGUUAACACCGCUCUUCUUCAUUCUAUUCGUGUCCGCCGUCAAGGAGAUCCUCGAGGACUUUAAACGACACCGUGCCGAUGACGAAACGAACAACCGGCGCUGCGAUGUGCUUCGCCAAGGUCGCUGGAUGUCGCUACGCUGGUCCGAGCUGCUCGUCGGAGACAUCGUCAAAGUGCUCAACAACCAGUUCUACCCCGCUGACCUGGUGCUGCUGGCCACCAGCGAACCUCAAGGGAUCGCGUUCAUCGAGACAUCGAACCUGGACGGCGAGACCAACCUGAAGAUCCGGCAGGCGUCGCCGGAGACGGUCCGGCUCGAGGACGCCGACGCGCUGGCCACGUUCGCGGCCACCAUACAGUGCGAGCCCCCCAACAGGCAUCUCUACGAGUUCAACGGGCUACUUAAGGAGGCCAAUUCCAAGACGAUUCCGCUGGGGCUGGAGCAGAUGAUGCUGCGCGGCUCCAUGCAGCGGAACACGGCGUGGCUGUACGGCGUCGUGGUGUACACGGGCCACGAGACCAAGCUCAUGAAGAACUCCACCAAAGCACCCUUGAAGCGAUCAUCGAUAGACAAGCAGACGAACACACAGAUCCUGAUGUUGUUCAUCCUGCUGCUGGUGCUGUCCGUGGUGAGCGCGGCCUUCAACGAGCUCUGGCUGCACCGCCGCGGGAACAAGGACUGGUACAUAUCGCUCAAGGACGCGGUGAACCUAAACUUCGGUUUUAACUUUUUGACAUUUUUAAUAUUGUACAACAAUCUUAUACCCAUAUCAUUACAAGUCACUGCUGAAAUAGUUAGGUUUUUCCAAGCGAAGUUCAUAGCGUUGGACAGCGAGAUGUACCACGCACCCACUGACACACCAGCGCAGGCGCGCACCUCCAACCUCAACGAGGAACUCGGCAUGGUCAAGUACAUCUUCAGUGAUAAGACCGGCACCCUCACCGCCAACAUCAUGGAGUUCCACAAGUGUUCCAUCGCUGAGAUAAUGUACAACCGUCCAGGCCCCAACGAGCCGCUGGAGCAAACGCAGCUAUACCAGAACCUGUUACGGAACCACCCCACAAGUCCCGUCAUACGGGAGUUCCUCACCAUGCUGGCCAUCUGCCACACCGUCAUACCCGAGCAAGAUGACGGCAAGGUCAACUACCACGCCGCCUCGCCAGAUGAACGCGCGCUAGUGCUGGGCGCGGCGAUGUACGGCUACGUGUUCACGACGCGAACACCGAAGACAGUCACCAUCGAUGUGGGCGGCGAGUCACUCACGUUCCAGGUGCUCAACGUCAUCGACUUCACAUCCGCGAGGAAGCGCAUGUCGCUCAUCGUGCGCAUGCCCACAGGCGAAAUAAAGCUAUACUGCAAGGGAGCGGACUCCGUGAUCUACACACGUUUAGCGCGCGGCCCCGAGCAGGCCGUGUUCGGCGCCGCCACGUUGGCCCACCUCGAGGCCUUCGCGGUCGAGGGGCUGCGGACCCUCGUGUUCGCCGUGGCCGACAUAUCUCCAGCUGUGUACGAGGAAUGGGCGAACACGUACCACAAGGCGAGCGUGGCCAUCCAGAACCGCGAGGAGAAGAUCGAGGAGGCAGCUAACCUCAUCGAGACCAACCUGCGCCUGCUGGGCGCCACCGCCAUCGAGGACAAGCUGCAGGACGGCGUGCCAGAGACGAUAGCGGCGUUGCUUAAAGCAAACAUCAACGUGUGGGUGUUGACGGGGGACAAACAGGAAACCGCCAUCAACAUCGCGCACUCGGCGCAGCUCAUCAACGCCAACAUGCCGCUCAUGAUCCUCAACGAGGACAGUUUGGAUGCCACACGAGAGAUUAUCGCUCGUCAUUCAGCCGACUUCGGCGAGAACCUCCGCAAGCAGAACGAAGUAGCCCUCAUCGUGGAUGGCAAGACGCUCACCUACGCCAUGGGCUGCGACCUGAAGAAGGACUUCCUGGACCUCUGCAUCUCCUGCAAGGUGGUCGUUUGCUGCCGCGUCUCGCCCAUACAGAAGGCGGAGGUGGUGGAGAUGGUGUCGUCGGCGACGGGAGCAGUGACCCUGGCCAUCGGCGACGGCGCCAACGACGUGGCCAUGAUACAGCGCGCCAGCGUCGGCGUCGGCAUCUCCGGCGUCGAGGGGCUGCAGGCCGUCUGCGCCUCCGACUACAGCAUCGCGCAGUUCCGUUUCCUGCUGCGGCUGCUGCUGGUGCACGGCGCCUGGAACUACUCGCGCAUCAGCAAGCUGAUCCUGUACUCUUUCUACAAGAACAUCUGCCUCUACGUCAUAGAGCUCUGGUUCGCCAUGUACUCGGCCUGGUCGGGCCAGAUCCUGUUCGAGCGGUGGUCGAUAGGUUUCUACAACGUGAUCUUCACGGCGUUGCCGCCUUUCGCCAUCGGCCUCUUCGACAAGCUGUGUUCACCAGAAAUCAUGAUCAGGCACCCGGUUCUGUACCUGCCGUCGCAGCAAGGCCUGCUGUUCAACGUACGAGUGUUCUGGGUGUGGAUGGUCAACUCCCUGAUCCACUCCGUUCUGCUGUUCUGGCUGCCGGUGCUCAUGACCGAGCAGCACGUGCUGUGGCCCCACGGGAAGGACGGAGGGUACCUGGUGCUCGGCAACAUCGUCUACACGUACGUGGUACUAACGGUGUGCCUAAAGGCCGGGCUGUCCACGCACUCGUGGACGUGGGUCACUCACGUCGGCAUCUGGGGCUCGCUGGCCAUGUGGUUCCUGUUCAUCCUCAUCUACAGUAACAUCUACCCAGUGGUGCUGAUCGGCAGCGUGAUGCGCGGUAUGGACCGGAUGGUGUUCACCUCCGCUGUGUUUUGGCUCGGGCUGGUCCUCAUCCCCGUGGCUACCCUCGCUCCCGACCUGCUCGUCACUGUCAUCCACAACAGCGCGUUCAAGUCGAUGACGGAGGCGGUGCGCGAGAGCGAGAUCAAGCAGCGCGACCCCGCAGACCUGCUCGACCAGCCGCGACUCUCCGUGGCGGAUACGCGGCACGCCUUGGUCAGACUGGCGCAGUCCUCACGGAAACGGCGCGGCUGCUCCAGAACGUGCGCAGCGUCUUCAGCCGCCGCACCACGCGCGUCAACCUCGAGCUUGAGCUGUCGCAUGGGUUCGCGUUCUCGCAAGAGGAAGGCGGGAGCGUGUCGCAGUCGGACGUCAUUCGCGCGUACGAUACCAGGCGGCCGAGGACACGCCGCUCCUGAAGCUAGGCGCGGCAGGCGACGCGCCGCUAAACUGCCGCGAGGCAGACGCGCCGCUCCUAAGCUGCUGCGCGGACGUCGCGCCGCUACAUUGGCGCGAGGCAACCGACGGCGACGCCGAGAGCUGACGCCCCGAGCGGCACGCGCCGCGACACAACCUCGUACAAACUCUGUUGCUUUCCGUUUCACAAGACAAACGUCCUAUCUAUGUUUCCAAUUUACGUUUUUUAGCUAUUUUAAGGUUGUUGUAGGUUAGAAAGGAUUGAAGGUUUAUUUUCAAUCACCUCUACUUACAAAAUUGAAACCGAACCGAACUCUGGACCCCAUUGGAAAUAAUUUUGUAAUCCUAACCAAAUAACGAUUUCAGAAAACAGUUAUUUGUGCAACAGAGAGCAAAGUUAGUUUUUACUGCGAGGCUCAAAACAGAAUAAAUACAAUAUGACACCAAACUACCCCUAAAUACUUUUAUAAAUUACGCAAAAUUUAAAAACAACCCUAUUUUAGUCCUCCUUAAACUCCCGAUCCCACUACAGCCCAGUUCCCCACAGUUCCCAUGCCCGUUUUCGUCCCUAUCCUCCUUUUAUCGUUCCUUUUCCUGUUAUCAUUACCAUUCCCGUUGCCUUUCCCGUUCUCAUUACCAUUCCCGUUCCCUUUAUCGUUUUCAUCCCCAUCCCUUCCCUCCCAUCCCCUUCCUUUCCAUUCCUUUAAUUCCUACUCCAAUUCCCACACCCAGCUCGAGUCCCAGCGUAAGUCCAACUUGCGCCCAGUCUCUGUGUCAGUCCCAGUCGGAGUCAAGUGGAAACCAAAUGAUUAUUGGAUGAGUCCAAGUAGUUAGUUGAAAUUUGUAUUAUUAGACUCCGUGCUCUGAACUGCCAUUCUAAAUGCAUGGUCAUUUUGUCUAACUCUCGCAGCAAAAUCGUAUUUUUCUCACUAUUUUUAAGCAUCAAAGCAAGGCGAUAAAUACUUUCUGACGUAUGAAAAUCUUUGAAAGAUUGUUUAAGUUUGAUGUUAAGAAAAUUUAUUGGUAAUAACGUGUCACAAGCUCUAUUAUAGUUUUUACACAGUAGUUGACUAAUAACUAUGGAUGUAUUUAUGGAACUGUACACUAUACUUAAGGGUGCGUUUGUAUAAACGCCACUUGCACCAUCCCACUAACCCGGGUUAACCGGUUAAACCUGGAGUUACCAUUGUUACCAGUACAAUUUGACACUGUGUUAACGGUUUAACCGCUUAACCCCGGGUUAGUGGGAUGGUGCAAGGGGCGCUUAGAGAUGUAUUUUAUGUAGGGUAGUGUUGAAAGUGUCCGCGUGUGCUCGGAGCGGAAUUCGAACUUUAAAUUUUGAAUGUAAUUUGAUUACCUAGCACUACUCUCAGUGGCCUCAGUGCUGCUCACUUGCACCAACAUAUAGCUGUGAGCAAUAGAAUAGCAGUCAAUUAGAAAAUGAAAAUGAAGGGAAAACCAUAUUGGAAUUAUUUUUUAUUAUUUUUCUGCAUUAAGUAGGUACCUACUUAACGUUAGUUCAAAAUUAACUGUAAACAUUACUAAAUAAAAAUGUAACAAAGAAUAAUAAUCAUGAAAGCCGGCUUGUUUACCACCUAGCUUCAAAUCUUGUAAAACUAGAAGAACCAAUGAAAAAUAUACAAUUGUGUACAAUUAUUUCAAUUUAGUAUCAUGUCCAUUAUUUUCAAUCGAAGCUUUAGGUACACCCAUCAAAUCCAGAAAAUAUGAAACUUCAAUAAGAUGAUCUUUCUCGCAGUGUAAUCUGUUCUGCUUGAGGCUCUGGUGAUAGUGCUGACCACGACAAACCAUUACUAUGUAUUACCUAUUAUUUUCAUAAAUAAACAUACUCUGUACAAGUGCGCUAGAGAUGCACUGCGAAUAAUAUCAAAUCGAUAUCAGAUUUUUUAAAGUUUGAUUGCCGCUUUAGGUACCACUUAUAUGAAUAUGCUUUUCAAACAAUAAAUUAAAAGCACGCAUAAUAUUAAAUUCGUCGUCUAUCUAUAGAUAAUGACGCUUAUUCUAUGAUGCAGUUUUGUCAGCUUAGGACUAGGUUUCUCGUUUUUUGAGUUGAUUCGUUGGGUCAUACAGAGAUUUAAUGUACCUACUAAAUUUGUAUUUAAUACCCUAAAAAUUGUUUACUAUUCAGUUAAAUACAUUAAUAAUACAAAUGUCAUCAAUUUUAAUAUUCCCGAAAACUACUUCGGGAUAGCUUUUGGGCAAUGAAAAAAACCAUCAGAAAAUGCUCCUUAACUUUUAUUUUCUAUCGUGUAUGACCCAGAUUAUGUACCUACAAGUGAUUAUGACGCUGCUUAAUAUGUAUAAGUUACAUUUCAAGUUUAUCUUAGGCCAAAAAUAACAAUAUUUUGAGGGCUUUGCUCUAUCUCUCAUAGAUCUGUUAGAUUUUUUUACUGUUUUGCAUGUUUCAUUGUGUGCCUACAAGUACAUGUACAAUAAAUGUUUUAUUGUUAUAAGUACAAUCGCAUUGUACAAUUAUUUUUCUAACUGUAUUAAGAAUGAUUUACUUUAAUUAUUGUUAAUUUUACUAAUUUAUUGAAGUGCUUUAACUGUAGGUAUAGAGUAGGUAAGUACAAUAUAGAUAAUUAAUGUGAGCGUGGCCUACUUCGACAAAUCUCCAAUAUAAAUUGUUCUUUUUUGUACUGUAGUUAUUUAUAAGCCGCAGCUUUUAUUGAUGUAAUUCAAAGUAUUUAUUCUUGUAUAAUGUAUUUGGCCCUUAGUCGAGUACAAGGUGGGCGUAGUGUUUAUUAAGUCAAUUUAAAAGCAUCGAUCACCUUAUAUAUCGGUGUAAGUUACUGCCAUCAUUUAAAGCCAGGGGAGAAAGGUGGUCGAUUCACGGUGGCCAAGCAUCUGUUAACUAACGAAAAAGGUUCUAUGAAAUUGCCAAUGUAUUAGUAUGAAAUUAGUAUACAUACUUACAAAAGUUAAAGUUACAACGAUGUUACACAUUAUAGGGAGCCUGGCAUGUGUCUUCUGCCGCCUAUUUCUAUUGCAUCAUUCACUGUUUUCAAUCCUACGAGCACGUAUUUUAGAACUAUCGAUACCUUGGAAAUAUUAGCCUCUUAGAUAUUCCCUACCAAAAAUAAAUUUAUUUCAUAUAGCUUUUCAAAUUCAAAUCUAAAUAAUGACUAAAAUAAAGUAAGGGAAAAUUAGUGAUACAAUUUUUUGGCACUAGAUUCUGUCGGACUUUAGAGCACUGCGUUUUACUGUAGCGUUGCGAGACGUAUCGAGAAUGCGAGUGGAUCACUACUACUGACAUUAUAUAUUGUGAUAUGUAAACAUGGCGAAGCGAAUUUUCUGAGUCUUUACAAAGUCGACUGCUAGUGAUUUUUGGACGACUUACAAUACUAAUAUUUAUCAUAUUACUAUACUAUAUUAUACAUACAUACCUCUAACAUUUUAUUAUUGUUAACUGUUAUCUUGGAUAAGAAACGAGGCGACGGGGCGCGGUGCUUGCUUUCUCAUUUUCUCUAGGUCAAAACUCAACACAUAUAGGCUUAGAGGUCGAAUUGCAAUAGAAAAAUCCAUCUAUAUAAAUCUGUUUAUUCAAUUCUAUUCAAUUAUUUAUUAUUUUUAUAUUAUUCAUCCUAUAUACGUCCCACUACUGAACACAGGCCUCCUCUUAGAUAUUCAAUUUUCACUUGUAGAAAUUACAGAUUGCCUCAAGAACCUUUUUUGGGCACCAAAAAAAAAAUUCUUUAAAAAUUUAUAGGUUGGUUUAGACCCGCUACCCUGCAGCCAGACUUGUAGUGCUGAGGUAGGGUAAGAUAGGAGAAGCAUCAAGUAAAUUUUCAGCUUGCCUCAAGGACCUACUCCAAAUUUCCACCAGCUCUCGGACCAUCUCAUGCGCGAGAGGGCUUGGGCUAUCCCCACGCUAGCCCAAUUCGGCUUGGGGACUUCACAUACACCUUUGAAUUUCUUCGCAGAUGUAGGUAUGGUUUCCUCACGAUGUUUUUCUCCACAGAAAAUCUAGUGGUAAAUAUUAAAUGAUAUUUCGUACAUAAGGUACGUGGGACCAAUGUGAAUGUCAUUUUCUGAUAAAAAUCAUGUGAAUUAUGAAUAAUUGUUAUUAGUUGUUGCAAUAAUGUGAUACGUAGGGCUUUCAACGUUAUGUAAAAGUCUAUAUCAGAUCUUGGAGCACCCCGCCCCGUCGUCGCCGGUUUUAUUUAACUUAAGCAAACAUGUGAAUGUAACAGGAAUAUAUUAUUUGUUCUCGUUCUUA